CCGUGAGGGCCCCCCCUCACUCCUCCCUCCUAGGCGAGUGUCGGCGGCGGCGGCGACGGCUGCCGAGAUUGGAAUCCGCCUGCUGGCGCUCGGCAAAGGAGGAGGGAGGAGGGCGGGCAGGAAGGCUCGGGCUGCGCCGCGUCCGUCCGCGCGAGACGAGAAUCGUACGUCCGCGCGAGGGGCGACCGGGCUGGGGCCGCUGCACGCCCAGGGCGGAGGCCGAGCCGGGCCCCCGCCUUGCCCCGGCGGCUCGCCGCGCCCACCCCGCUCCGCGCCGAGGGCUGCAGGAUGAGUUCCCCAGGGUCCGGAUACUUGAUCCUUGAAUGUGCCCAUUCACAAAUUCAUUUGCACUUCAGUUGAACAGCCAUAAGCCAAAAUUUAUGAAAAUAUGCAUCAGUUUAAUACUGUCUUGGAAUUCAUGAGAUGGAAGCAUAGGUCAAAGCUGUUUGGAGAAAAUUGGAAGUACAGUUUUAUCUAGCCACAUCUCUGAGGAAUCAAGAGAAAGCAGUGGAAGCUGGAGUCAUUGUCAAGUGAUUGAGACCUUUUACAAGAAAAUCUCAUUGAAUGAAAGUCUUUUAAAUUAGUGACAUAACAAGACUAGUUAUUAAAGGUGACAGUGUACAGAGAACGUUAAAAUUGAACAAUGACUCAGCUGUAUAUUUACAUCAGAUUAUUGGGAGCCUAUCUGUUCAUCAUUUCUCAUGUUCAAGGGCAGAAUCUAGACAGUAUGCUCCAUGGUACUGGGAUGAAAUCAGACUCCGACCAGAAAAAGUCAGAAAAUGGAGUAACCUUAGCACCAGAGGAUACCUUGCCUUUUUUAAAGUGCUAUUGCUCAGGACACUGCCCGGAUGAUGCUGUUAAUAACACAUGCAUAACUAAUGGACAUUGCUUUGCCAUCAUAGAAGAAGAUGAUCAGGGAGAAACCACGUUGGCUUCAGGGUGUAUGAAAUAUGAAGGAUCUGAUUUUCAGUGCAAGGAUUCACCAAAAGCCCAGCUACGCCGGACAAUAGAAUGUUGUCGGACCAACUUAUGUAACCAGUAUUUACAACCUACACUGCCCCCUGUUGUUAUAGGUCCAUUUUUCGAUGGCAACAUUCGAUGGCUGGCUUUGCUCAUUUCUAUGGCUGUCUGCAUAAUUGCUAUGAUCAUCUUCUCCAGCUGCUUUUGUUACAAACAUUAUUGCAAGAGCAUCUCAAGCAGACGCCGUUACAAUCGUGACCUGGAACAGGAUGAAGCAUUUAUUCCAGUUGGGGAAUCAUUAAAAGACCUUAUUGACCAGUCACAAAGUUCUGGUAGUGGAUCUGGACUACCCUUAUUGGUUCAGCGAACUAUUGCCAAACAGAUUCAGAUGGUUCGGCAAGUUGGUAAAGGCCGAUAUGGAGAAGUGUGGAUGGGUAAAUGGCGUGGUGAGAAAGUGGCAGUCAAAGUGUUUUUUACCACUGAAGAAGCUAGCUGGUUUCGAGAAACGGAAAUCUAUCAAACCGUGCUAAUGCGCCAUGAAAACAUACUCGGUUUUAUAGCAGCAGAUAUUAAAGGUACAGGUUCCUGGACUCAGCUCUAUUUGAUUACCGAUUACCAUGAAAACGGAUCUCUCUAUGAUUUCCUGAAAUGUGCUACACUAGACACCAGAGCCCUGCUUAAGUUGGCUUAUUCAGCUGCCUGUGGUCUGUGCCAUCUCCACACAGAAAUUUAUGGCACUCAAGGAAAGCCUGCAAUUGCUCAUCGCGACCUAAAGAGCAAAAACAUCCUCAUCAAGAAAAAUGGAAGUUGCUGUAUUGCUGACCUGGGCCUUGCUGUUAAAUUCAACAGUGAUACAAAUGAAGUUGAUGUACCUUUGAAUACUAGGGUGGGUACCAAACGCUACAUGGCUCCAGAAGUGCUAGAUGAAAGCCUGAAUAAAAACCAUUUCCAGCCCUACAUAAUGGCUGACAUCUAUAGCUUUGGCCUGAUUAUUUGGGAAAUGGCUCGUCGUUGUAUCACAGGAGGAAUUGUAGAAGAGUACCAAUUGCCAUAUUAUAACAUGGUACCCAAUGAUCCAUCAUAUGAAGAUAUGCGUGAGGUUGUGUGUGUCAAACGUUUGCGGCCAAUUGUGUCUAAUCGAUGGAACAGUGAUGAAUGUCUACGAGCAGUUUUGAAGCUAAUGUCAGAAUGCUGGGCUCACAAUCCAGCCUCCAGACUUACAGCUCUGAGAAUCAAGAAGACACUUGCCAAGAUGGUUGAAUCUCAAGAUGUAAAGAUUUGACAGACAAAUAAUCAUGAGGAGAAAUUCUAGACUGCAAGAACUGUUUUCACCCAAGGAACGGGUGGAACUAGAAUAGAAUAAGGAUGUUAACUUGGUUCUCAGACUCUUUCCUCACUACACCUUCACAGGCUGCUAAUAUUAAACCUUUCAGUACUCUGUAGAAUACAAGCUGGGAACUUCUAACACUUCAUUCUUUAUAUAUGGACAGCUUUAUUAUAAAUGUGGUUUUUGAUGCCUUUUUUUUAUUGGGUUUUUAUGAACUGCAUCAAGACUUCAAUCCUGAUUAAUGUCUCCAGUCAAACUCUGGGUACUGAAUUACCUGUUCAUAAAAUGGUGCUUUCUGUGAAAGCCUUAAGAAGAUAAAUGAAUUCAGCAGAGAUGGAGAAAUAUACACUUUUACCUUCUACCUGAGAAAAUUUAAUCUAUUUGUAUUCUACCUUUGUAAACAGCCUAUGGAUCAUGAUCUGUUUGGGAUACUGCUUAGUUUAUGGUAGUUUGUCAUGCCUUGAUAAUGGGGUGUGUGUGUGUGUGUGUCUGUGUACAUACAUGCAUACCAGAAUUCCUCUGCUGCCAUUUGAAUUAGAAGAAAAUAAUUUAUGAAUGCACAGGAAGAUAUUGGUGGCUGUUGGUUUUGUGCUUUAAAAAUGCAUUAUCUGACCAAGAUUUGCCAAUCACAUAAAAGCCAUUUACCUUGCAAGUGAGCUAGCUUCUCCACCAACUUUAUUUUUUAACAUUAAAGUUGAUAUAAAGGCCAAAAGGAGUUUAAAGUGUAUGUAAAUUUGGACUGUUUUCCUCCCACCACAAACUCUUUUUUUUUUUUUUGUAAUUAUUAUUUUUGUCAUGAAAAGCAUCCUAUCCAAAGUUGGAACUUCCAAUGCCAUGAACCUUCUAAAGAAAACACUUCUUAUUGAAGUGAAUACUAAGUACUGCAUUUGAUAGCAAUUUAAGUGCCUAUAACCAUGUUCUGUAUUCUUUAUUCUCAGUAACUUUUAAAAGGGAAGUUAUUUAUAUUUUGCGUGUAAUAUGCUUUACUUGCAAAACACCUGCUCCUUUACAACCAUAUUUUAUAUAUGUACAUACAUUCAUACUAUAGAAACCAGCUCAUGUGUACCUCAUAUCCCAUCCUUAAGGGAAAAAAAAUUAAAAGAUCUUCAGAAAAAAAACGUUGUAAAGUAGAAGAACUACAUGUAAAUUUUCAGAAUUAAUUCAAAGUAGUAUAUCAAGUCUAGGACUUUGUUUAAAUAUCAAGAACUAACCAUAGGUAUAGACUUUCAUUAAGAUGCCAUCAUCUCAAUUCUCCUUUAUGAAAGGAUCCUCCAAUUAGAAAUUUCUGUCACAGAGUUAAUAUACAUUCAUCAACAACUGUUUUAGACAUUUAAAUCAUUUGAGAUUUUUGGUUUUAUGAUUUCUGUUCCGUAAGUUUGUGAAGACAGUGAAGAAUCAGGCAAAAAGUUCAAUAUCUAGUCAGUACCUAUAUCUAUACCAUAUAGCUGUUAUUCAAUAAAAUGCUACAUAUUUAUGGAUGCCUUGUUUCCCCAAGGAGUAAUUCUGAUCUACUUAAACUAACUAUACUUCUGUAAUGCCUUUUAAAUAUUAAUAUCUUAUUCUGAACAAACAACUCAUGGGUGCAUAAAGUGAGACAGUUUUCUUGAAUAUAGCAUAAAAUAAAUGUGAUUAUAUCGCAACAUAGUUAAAAAAAUCUUUAAAGGGGAGGAAUCAGAGCAUGUAUCCAUCCAUUGCCAAAAAUGUGACUGACGUUUAAGGAUGAAAUGCUUACAUAUUUGUCUAUACAUCAAUCACAAAUUUGAGACUUGCUUUAACAGUUUUGACCAAGUUUAAUAAUUUUCAUCUUACAUAACUAAAGCUUGAAGUGUUUAUCAAGAUAAGUAAAUUUAUAUAUUGAUAUAUAUAGUACCCAAUAACUUCCUGUUUGAGAAUGUUUUCCCCAUCUCUGUACUGAGAAGUACAGGUAUUUUUAUCUAAAUUUCCAAGUGAUUUAAGAAUACUUAUGAGCUCUACUUAGUGUAAGGUUAACCUUGAUUUAUUUUUUUUGAUAAACUAUAAAUUUUGAAAAUAAUUUGUCAUCUUAAUAAUAAAAAAAUGUAAGGAAAGGCAAACUCUAUUCUUAGAAAUGUUAAAAUAGUAUGUGGAAGCAGACAAUUGCAGAUAAUAUGUAAGUACAAGAGCAUUAUAAUGAUUUUUUAAUUAAAUUGAUCUAUUAAAAGUGAUACCAAGAAACUUGUUCAAUAAAAAUAUUUUCUAAUAUUACAUGUUCUUUACAAAGCAAAUGAUUCCAUUUUUGAAAUCCUAAAGUUGAAAAAAAGUUGCAUGAAAUCUAUUUUUUCUCUCCUUUUAUUCUUACUCUUAAAUUUCUAAGUUCAUAUUUAAAUAUUUAAAGAGUAAAAGAGGAAGUAUUACAUAGUACCAUAAAUAAUAAUUUGUAAAACCCUGGAAGCCAUUAUUUGGUCCUGCUUACAACUUAGCAUCUUAAAAAUGUGUAGCUUCUGUCUGUCAUCCCUUUAAAUAAUUAAAACAUCAAAACAAACAAAAAACCAAAACUACCUGAAUAUAACAGAAGUUAAUCCUCCCUCAAAGAAAAUUCUCCUUAUGAGUUCUCUUUAUACUGGUAAAUAUCAAUAUCUUUAGAAUUAAGGGCAUGCAUGCUAGGAAUUGGCUUCAGUGUGUCUAGUCUAAACUUUCCCUGUGCUGUCUUAUUGGACAAGUUUCUGAAGCAUAAAAUUCAAAUCUGGUUUCUCUGGAAAUGUUUUCAUAAAAGAUAUUUCAAUCAACAUUUUGUGUUGCCUUUCCAAUUUCAGGAGUGUUUUUGAGCUUAGAAAGUGACCUAUAGUUUUUGAAAAUUAUGUUUUCCUAGAAUGUGCCAGAUUUUUUAUUUAUUCGCUCUAUUCAGUACCUUUUCUUCCCCAGAUGCUUUGCUUCUGUUUAGAACAAAAAUGCAAUACAAUGUUUAAAGAAUCAUGCAUCUCUAAGUUGGCCCAAGAUCAAAUUUGAUAUUGAAUAAUUUAUUCCAGGCAAGAUUUUAUAAAUUAAAUUAUUUAUUUUUCUUUUCAUACACGUUUUGAAAUGUUUCUAAAUAUCUAAAAUAAUUUCAACAGCAGACAGAAAUACGAAUUGAUUUUUUUUUAAAAGAUUGUUGCAGCUCUUGUACUGUUUAAAAGUGGUAAUAUUUAUUAUUUGCUUGGGUCAGAUGUUAAAAUAGCAGUGUAGCAGUUCAUCUUCUUGCCUCAGUGCUAUUAUGAGAGUCACAGUGAAAACUGCAGAGAGCUGAUACAUUCAUAAAGAGCAGAUUAAAUCUAGGGCAGCAUCACAUGAAGCUAUGUGUAAUCAUUCUAUAAGGAAGGUAUGUGAAUACUGCUUUUGCCAAGGAUUAAAUAUAUUGUAAUUUUACCUUGUGCUCUGUACUAUGCUUUCAAUGGAAUUAUUUAAGCCCUUUUAGUGACUGUUGUCUUUGCCCAUUUAAAAACUAAAAUGUAGUAUAUAUUGUAUAAAAUGAAAGUAUCAUUAUAGCUUAACUAGGAAAGUUGUACAUAUACGCUGAAAGAAGGUUAAAAACAAGCAGUUUUAUUAUGCAUUUGUAAAACACCAAAAAUAUAGAUUCAUCUUUGAUAUGUAACACACUAAAUGUAUUUUGUACAGCAUCUGGUUUAAAAGGUGCCUUAUUAAGUUUACCAUUAAUUGCUUUGUUCUAUAUAUAGAUUACAUCCAGUGUAUCAUUUUUAAGUAAAUAACCUUAUUUUAGUAUA